UCACAUGUCUGUCGCUCGAUUGGUCUCCAGUGUGGGGUCGGUGAUGACAUCACCCGCACAGUAGACAGUCGGUAGAGGCAUCCCCUGAAGGAGGCAGGACGAUACACUUCAGCGUGUCUCUGUUUGCUGUGUGGUCUGUCCCUCUGUCUCUCUCUCCCUACCGGCAUCAUGAACAUGCCGCCUGCGAAAGCCUUGAAGCCCUGGCAUGUAUGAGUGUACCCCAUACUGCUCAUGGCCACCAUGUACGUCCAGUCGACGCACGUAGUCAUCUCCGUGGCAACGAGGAAGGCACAGUGGGCCUCAGUGAUGCAGCUCUGACAUGUAGGCAACGAAAUCGGGGACAAAGGCAGCUCUCGUGGCACGCACGCACCCACCGUGAUGUCUGUGAGCUGGUGGCACAUCUGCGGCUCGUUGCUCGACGGCGGCUCACAUGCAUCCAGAUGGUCCGACAGCUGAAUGGCGUACUCCUCCUUCGCAAUCAGGUGGCUCUCAGUCUCUUGUAUGGCGGAUUGCAGCUCGUCAAACUGCUGAACGUAAGGCUCCAGCUCCACUGCAUGGGAGGGCGUGACACGUCAGCCAAGGUGUUUCAUUGCCGCUGUGUCUUCCCCACCUGCACACAU